AUAUAAAUACCAAAAACCUAAUCCCUUCCGUCGUUUUCUCUCAGCAACUAAUCGUUUCGCCGGAAGAGGAGCCAUGGUUAAGUUUCUAAAGCAGAACAAAGCGGUGAUCCUCCUUCAAGGCCGUUACGCCGGCAAGAAGGCGGUGAUCAUCCGAUCCUUCGACGACGGAAACCGCGAGCGUCCCUACGGACACUGCCUCGUAGCCGGACUCAAGAAGUACCCGAGCAAGGUCAUCCGCAAGGACUCGGCCAAGAAGACGGCGAAGAAGUCGAGGGUCAAGUGUUUCAUCAAGGUGGUGAAUUACCAGCAUCUGAUGCCUACUCGUUACACGCUUGACGUGGAUCUGAAGGAAGUGGCCACUCUCGAAGCACUGUCUUCGAAGGAUAAGAAGGUGGCGGCUCUUAAGGAGGCCAAGGCUAAGCUCGAGGAGAGGUUCAAGACUGGAAAGAACAGGUGGUUCUUCACCAAGCUCAGGUUCUGAGAACCUUUUAUUCUCUUUUUUUUGUAAUGGAAUCUACAGUAUGCUUUUGUAGUUUGUGGAACAUGUUUUGGAUGGUUUAAGACUUGAUGGUUUGAAAUUUUGUUCUGGAA